GCGUCGAUCGACGGUGUCUUCAGAGACGAGCGCAGUGCGGUGGUAGACGUUGUUCCUUGUAGAUCGGCAGCGGCACAUUUCCGAGAUGUUCGUGAGAGUCUCAUGGAUCGUCGCGACUACGCUCGCAUUGCUCUGCAUUUGCAUUUACGCUCAACAGUCUCCCCGUCAAAUCGUUUCGCAAACCUGCUUAGGUUGCAUAUGCGAAGUUACAUCAGGAUGUAACACUACUAUCGGCUGCUACGAUUCGGUAUGCGGACCUUUCGCUAUAACAUGGGGCUACUGGUCCGACGCUGGCAAACCGACUCUAAACAACGAACCAGUGAAUGACAAAUCUUAUCAGCAAUGUGUCAACGAUCCUUAUUGCGCUGCUAGAGCGAUAGAAGGAUAUAUGGCUAGAUUCGGUCAGGACUGUACCGGAAAUGGAGUGAUCGAUUGCGACGAUUAUCUGCGUAUUCAUCGAUUGGGCGGAUACGGCUGCACCGGUCCGCUAGAUAGUAAAUAUGAGAAUAAAUACAAGCUGUGUAUGCAAACCUUUGGAAAUCAGUAAUGUUUGUAUCGCGUCUCAACCUAACAUUCCAUUAAUUACAGUAGUAUACAUGCAGUAUGUAUGUAUACAGUAAUAUACAUACGUACGAAUAUCUGACAAAGACUCACAGUGUGCCCUUAUCACAUAUUUAUAUAUAUAGUUGUUAAUUUGUAUUGCACAAUGCAAGAAUGCCUUAGUUUCACUUACUGUAUGUGAUUUUACUCUAUAGUUUCACUUACUAUAUGUGAUUUUUGGUAAAUAAAGUUACAAGAAAUGUA